GGUCUGGCACACUCAGCAUGACUUAGCUUGAUCAAAAUCACUUUCCGUCACAUCGGAGUUUUCCUCCAAGUCGCAAAGGGUUGACUGUCUGUCCCUGAUCUGAGAAGAAGCCGACUGGAGUCACCGAGUACAGGAUGAUGUUCGUCUUUGCCCUUCUUGUCGCUGGCCUUUUCCACCAGGCGCAGGGUCAGGGCCAGCUGUACCCAGGCGAGGUACAGGGGUUCCCUUGUCUGUCCUGCGACGCAGACAUCAUCGACGGCGUCCUGGACGACAACCCGUGUGCCGGCACCCCCGGGGACCUGUCCGACACCGUCAACUGUCCCAUCGGGCAGUACUGCUACGUGAUGUACCAGACUACAGACCGCGUGCUGACUGACAUCGUGCGCGGCUGUGAGCAGACGUGCACGGAGACGGACGACUGCAUGCGGGACGCCUCGGCCGACUGCGUGCGCUGCUGUAACGACCGGAACAACAACACCGCCUGCAACACCUGGGUCAUCGACGUCGAGAACCUGCCGUCCGGUGGGGUCAGGGCGGGGGAAACUGCCCUGACCAGCCUGCUGGCUCUUAUGCUGAUGUUUGGGAUUGUGUUUUCCCUUUUGGGCUAAAUCGUCAUGGAUGUAAAGUUUUGACCAGUUUAUGACCUGUGUGGUCUAGAUUGAGAUAUUUUUUCUUGUGGAUAUUGUUAAGAAAACUCCAGUUUUCUGCAAUGGACUUUUUUUUUUUACAGAUUUCUACUUUUCAAACACGUUGAAUGUUCCCCCGUAAUUGAGCCCUAAAUGAGAGAGUCUUGCCUAUUGGCUAGACUCAGAUAUUGGGACGGGGUGAAAUUCCAGUGUGUCUGGAUAGCCCCCUGACAAAUCAUCUAACCUAUGCUGUAGUGAUAAAAGAAGAACUGAUAGAUACAAGUUCACUUUCUGUUCAUCUUUGCUUGCUUUGAGGAGUAUUAAACAUCUGGCCUUGACACGA